AUGGACUCGAAUCCCGAGUUAUCUUUUAAUACAUCUCAUUAUCCACAUCAUCAUAUACCCUAUCAUCAUGGAAAUAUUUAUGAUCCUUCAGCACAAAAUUCAUCUGCACCACCACUACCACCAUCAGCCAAUUGGAUGAUGAAUCCACAACAUUCUCAUACACAUCUAAUGAUGCAACAUCAUAUACAAGCUCCACCAUCACAAUAUUCCAAUGGUAUGAAUGGACCACAUUCAAAUUCAUCAAAAGAUGAACCAUCAUCUCCUUUAUCAUCGUCACCCGAUGGUACAACACCACCAACAUCUUCAUCCGCAUUAACGCCAAAUUCCUUAUCAACAAGUCAUCAUCAUCAUCGCCAUCAACAGCAACAACAGCAACAACAACAGCAGCAGCAACAACAUCAUCAUACUUCUGCAUCUAAAAAAUCAUAUGAUGAUCGUGUAAAACGACCAAUGAAUGCAUUUAUGGUAUGGUCACGUGGACAACGACGUAAAAUGGCACAAGAAAAUCCAAAAAUGCAUAAUUCACUAAUAAGUACAUGUUUAGGUGCUGAAUGGAAACGUUUAAAUGAAGAAGAUAAACGACCAUUUAUUGAUGAAGCUAAACGUUUACGUGCAAUUCAUAUGAAAGAACAUCCUGAUUAUAAAUAUCGACCAAGACGUAAAACAAAAAAUUUACAACAGACAACUCCAACAUCAAAUAAUCAUAAUUCAUCAUCAAUGAAUAAUCAUCAUUCUCAACAGAAAAAAGACAAAUCAAAUCAUCUUCAUCAUCAACAACAACAUCUUUUAAAUUCAUCAACAUCGAAUCUUCCACCACCACCACCACGCGGUACAAGUUGGGCUUUACCAGGAAAUGUUAUUGGAUCGAAUUCAUCAUCAUCAUCACCCUAUUUAACUGAUUGUAAUCCAUCUUAUUCAAUGACAGAUCCAAAUGUACUUUAUUCCCAUCCAUUUUCAGCAGCACCUAUGUAUCAUUAUGGUCCACCAUCAAGUACAAGUCCUCAAACUCCUCCACCACCUGUUCAAUAUGGUUAUGGUGGUAAUCAUCCAUAUUCUUAUAUGAAACAUGAACCUAUUUCAUCUCAACAACAUUUUUAUCCGCCAUUACCACCAGUUUCACAUCAAGAUUAUUCUCCACCAGAUCCAUCAUCACCUGAACAGCAUAUGUAA